AUGGACACCGUCACAGAACGAAAUCUAGCCAUUGCGAUGGCACGAUCCGGGGGCAUCGGCAUUAUCCAUAAGAAUAUGACUGUCGAGCAGCAAGCCCAACAGGUAAGAAGUGUCAAGCGAUCUGAAAGCGGGAUGAUUCUAGAUCCUGUCACUAUGCACGCCGAUGCUUCUAUUGGCGAUGCGAUGGCACUAAUGCAAACGCACAAAAUUGGCGGUAUACCGAUUGUCUCCGAAGACAAUGUGUUGGUGGGAAUCCUUACCAACCGAGACUUGCGAUUUGAAACAGACCCGAGUAAGUCAGUCAUUGAUUUGAUGACCAAAGAAAACCUGAUCACUGCCCCAGCAGGUACAACGCUGGAAAAUGCAAUGAGUAUUCUUCAGGGCCAAAAAAUCGAAAAGCUGCCGGUCGUUGACGAUCAGAACCGGGUCAUCGCCUGAUCACCUAUAAAGACAUCUGAAACUGCAGAAUUUUCCCAUGCUUGCAAGGACAGUUAUGGUAGAUUGGUGGUUGGAGCAGCCGUGGGCAUCAGUACCGAUACUAUGGAUCGAUUGGAAGCUCUAUCGGCCGUGGAUGUCGACGUAGUUUGUGUUGAUACGGCUCAUGGCCAUCACAGGGAUGUAUUGGAUACCAUCAAAUCGAUUCGUGUGAGAUUCCCUGACCUGCAGUUGAUUGGCGGCAAUGUGGCAACGGCUGAUGGUGCGAAGGCAUUGGCUGAUGCUGGCGUGGAUGGUGUCAAAGUGGGUGUUGGUCCGGGUAGUAUUUGUACCACUAGGGUGGUAGCAGGUGUGGGUGUGCCGCAACUUUCAGCCAUACAUAAUGCAGCUCAAGCAUUGGAGGGAACUGGUAUUCCCAUUGUGGGAGAUGGUGGCAUCCGGUUUACCGGCGAUAUUGUAAAAGCAUUAGCAGGUGGUGCCAGUACGGUCAUGGCCGGAUCACUUUUUGCCGGCGUGGAAGAAGCACCGGGCGAAACCAUCAUCUACGAAGGAAGGAAGUUUAAAAUCUACCGUGGAAUGGGGUCUUUAGGAGCCAUGCAAAAGGGAUCCAAAGAUCGUUAUUUUCAAGAUGUAGAAGACGAUAUCAAAAAAUUGGUGCCCGAGGGCAUUGAAGGUAGAGUUCCUUAUAAAGGAACGGUCUCCGAAGUGAUGGUACAAUACGUGGGAGGUCUGCGAGCUGGGAUGGGCUAUUGUGGCUGUCCAAAUGUUGAAACGCUGCAGCAUGCAAAAUUUGUCCAAAUCACAAGUGCAGGAAUCACGGAGAGUCACCCACACAACAUUAUGAUCACCAAAGAAUCACCAAAUUAUUCACCACGUAGAUUUUAA